UCAAGUCUGGCAAAAUUUUUUCCCUUGUGACAAGACUCAACUCCUCCGCUCCAACCAAGAAGACGGGGUUGAACAGUCCAAUAAAUAUCCAAUAUACCCACAAGAUUGGUGUCGUUCUUUUAACACCACUUACUCCCCCACACACGCGCAAUCCUGAAGGCUGCAAUCCUCUUGUGAUCGCAUAAUAGCCACUAAUGUAUAGUAUUCCGACUGCUGUAACCGAAUAAUAUUUCCUCCUUUCCUCCGAAGGUUGCGUCUUCGCCGUUUUCCACUACCAGAUAGACCCGGGGUAGGAACCCGACCUCACUCGAUCAACAAUCCUCCCCCUUGCUAGUAACCUUUGUUUUGUCAUUGCGUUCGGUGAACAGACGACAGACCGACUCCGUCGUUUGUUUUCGUCUCGCCUAGGCCGUUGGUUGUUCUUGCUCUAGACAUCUAGAUAUGAAAGUCUUCGCGUCAACGUGCACGUUCGAUUACUCAUGGGAGGAGGUCUCUACCGCCAACUGGCGGAAAUACUGUCCUUGGAACGACAAGUCGACCCAUGUUGUGGCCGUUGAUAUUCUCUCCCGGACACUGCACCCUGAUACCGGCAUUCUACGAACGGAACGCCUGAUCACCUGCAAUCAAUCCGCUCCCCAAUGGCUCCUCACGCUUUUCGGGGGUAGCGCCACCUCUCAUGUCUACGAAGUGUCAUAUGUCGAUCCCGUUUCUAAGAAAGUGACCAUGUGCUCAACAAACCUAACAUGGUCGAAUGUUUUGAAAGUCCGAGAAACCGUUACCUACCAGCCUUCGCGAGAUGCUCCAAGCACCAAGACAGAUUUCAAGCAAGACGCACAAAUAACCGCCGUGUGCAGCGGCUGGCAGAAAGUAAAGAACAAAGUUGAAGAGGCCAGCAUUGAACGAUUUAGCCAGAAUGCUAAGAAAGGUCGCGAAGGCUUCGAGGCAGUGCUGGAAAUGAGUCGGAGGGUGUUUGGGGAACAACGGGAAUUGGAGGCAAGGCAGCAGGCUCAAUGACACCCGUUUUUGAUCCAUGUCUCCUUGUCUCCUUUUUCGCCAGCUCCCCGGGAUUCUUAGCCCCCCUACCUACCUCUAUUCCUGAUGCUACCGCUUUGCGCUUUUUGGAGCCAUACGCCACUUUUUUCUUUUUUUAUUUUUUAUUUUUUAUUUUAGCGUUAACCAUUCUUUCAAACUUCAACAUACUGAGCGACUGCAUUGAUACCGAGACGACAUCUGCGGAGAAGCAUGCGACCCGUCGGCGAAGAGGAACCGGCACAUUGAUUUUCGUCACUUUAUAUGUAUAUGUUUUUUCCUUGAUUUGUGCUCUCAUUUCUUUAUUCUGUUGGCUGGGGAAAAAAAAAAAUCAAAAGUAUUAUUGAUUUGGGAUUGGCGCACAAAAAAUCGGCGUCGUGGUGUAUUUUGGUAUACGACUUUUUCUUUUCACUUUUUUUUAUAUAUACUCUCUCCGUUUCAUGUACUCGAACUAGACUCCUGUCCAUUAGCGUUACAUUUCCUGUCUAUACGCAUCCAUAUGCACAUACACAUACAAUACUGUUCACGUCAGUGAGCAAUACUUCCAGAAAUAUUGGCACCUUGAUCGGGGGUUGAGUCCCAUGUCAUCUAUUAUCAGUCAUUUGAAAUCGUCUAUAUUGGGUCCACUGCUACUGCAUCCAAGAAAGCUGUUGUGUGGCGUAGGAUAGUUGAUCGAGGUUUCUAUGCUGCUGAUAAUUUCCGUUUCAAAGUCCACUCACCUCUCACUAAAAUCAAAGAAAAGAAGAAAAAGAAAAAAGAAAAUCUGUACGUUAUAUAUUUUCUUUAAAUGUGAAGAAAGUGAUAUUUAUUAUUUGAAGGACCAAUCCUUGAUAUAUAUUCAUUACAUAGGUGACAUGGUCUCUAAUAAAAAAAGC